CAUCGCACGUUCCAGCACAGCCUGGAGAGGAAACGUUGGGGCUGGAGAAGGGCGCCCGCAGCUGAGCCUGUGAGCCCAGAGCCCGUGGCCCAGCAGCUGGCUGAGGAGCGUGGCGACCUGCCUGAGGCAGUGGCCUGGAGGUCGGGCCUUCGACCUUGACUCGGUCGGGAAGAAAGGACAGUGGGAGCAGGCGAGGCUGGAUAGAGCCCACGUACCCCGGGCGUGCGCCACAACCUCCUGGUAAAGGCAUGUCGGGCCUGAAGACUCCUUUCUCAGAGCGGUCACCUCUCAGGCUGUCGGUCACUCACUCGGCAGGCGUCCACACCAUGCUGGAUGCCCGAGGUGUCCCUGGGGCAGGAGGGGGCCGUUGUGGUCUCCGCGUCUCCGAGGGGUCAGAGGCCAGCCACCCUGAGCGUGAUUCUGGAGGCCGCGCUCGGGGCAAGGACCCGCCUGAGGUGUGAGCUGCAGGCCGCGUGUGGGGGGGGACGUGGGCGAGGGCUGCCCGGGGAGGAGCUGGGCUGGCCCGGCCGCAGAAGGCCUUGCCCACCACGCUGGGAGCUGCACCCCGCUCUGCAGGAACGUCCGCGGUCCCGGCCUCUGGGCGGAGGAUGUGAGAGCUGUGCUCGCGGGACUCGUGUGCCAGUGCCAGCGGGAGGCCGCAGGGGAGCUGUUACAAGGAAGACGUGGGACCCAUCCAGCAAAGGCCAGAUGAAAUCAUGCACCACGACAUCAGCCCGCUCUGUGCUGCCGACAUCCAGGACCAACUGCAGAAGCGCUUUGCUUACCUGUCUGGUGGGCGGGGGCAGGACGGCAGCCCCGUCAUCACCUUCCCCGACUACCCGGCCUUCGGCGACGUCCCCGACAAGGACUUCCAGAAUGUCAUGACCUAUCUCACCAGCAUCCCCAGCCUGCAGGAUGCUGGCAUCGGGUUCAUCCUGGUCAUAGACCGCAGGCAGGACAAAUGGACCUCGGUCAAGGCGUCCAUCCUGAGAAUAGCGGCAUCCUUCCCAGCAAACCUCCAGCUCGUCCUUGUCCUGCGCCCAACGGGAUUUUUCCAAAGGACGCUCUCUGACCUCGCCUUCAGGUUCAACAGAGAUGACUUUAAGAUGAAGGUACCGGUCAUAAUGCUGAGCUCCGUCCCGGAAUUACACAGUUACAUUGACAAGUCCCAGCUGACCGAGGACCUGGGCGGGACACUGGAUUACUGCCACUCCAGGUGGCUCUGCCACCGCACAGCGAUAGAGAGCUUCGCCCUCCUGGUUAAGCAGACAGCUCAGAUGCUGCAGGCCUUCGGGACCGAGCUUGCCGAGACGGAGCUGCCCAACGACGUACAGUCCACGAGCUCCGUGCUCCGUGCCCACACGGAGAAGAAGGACAGGGCCAAGGAGGACAUGAGGCUGGCGCUGGACGAGGGGCGGAGCGUCCUGGAGAGCAUCCGGGAGCCGCUGGCCCGGGGCCCGGAACAGAGCCCGAACCAGGACCAGCUGGACAGUCAGAGCACCGUGCAGAGGCUCCUGGCCCAGCUGAAUGAAACCGAGGCCGCCUUUGAUGAGUUCUGGGCAAAACAUCAGCAAAAACUGGAGCAGUGCCUGCAGCUCCGGCAUUUCGAGCAGGACUUCCGAGAGGUCAAAGCCGCCUUGGACGUGUUGGCCCAGAAGAUCACGACCUUCACCGACGUGGGGAACAGCCUAGCACAUGUGGAGCACCUCCUGAAGGACCUGGCCAGCUUUGAGGAGAAGUCCAGUGCGGUUGUGCAGCGGGCCCGCGCCCUGUCCCUGGAGGGUGAGCGGCUCAUUGAGCUGAAGCAUUACGCCGUGGACUCCAUCCGCCCCAAGUGCCACGAGCUCCGCCAGCUGUGCGACCAGUUUGCAGCUGACGUCGGGCGGAGGAGAGGGCUGCUGGGCAGGUCGCUGGAUCUGCACGGCCUCCUCGAGGCGUCCAUGAAGUGGUGCGACGAGGGCAUCUACCUGCUGGCCUCGCAGCCCGUGGACAAGUGCCAGUCCCAGGAUGGCGCCGAGGCGGCCCUGCAGGAAAUCGAGAAGUUUCUGGAGACGGGUGCGGAAAACAAGAUCCAGGAGCUCAGUAGAAUCUACCAGGACUACGAGCCCAUCCUCACCCGAGACCUGCUGGAGCACGUGCAGAAGGUCUUCCGGAAGCAGGAGAGCGUGGAGGAGAUGUUUCACCGGAGACAGGCGAGCCUCAAGAAGCUGGCAGCCAAGCAGACGCGGCCCGUGCAGCCGGUGGCCCCCCGGCCAGAGGCGCCCACGAAAUCGCCCUGCCCCUCCCCGGGCAUCCGGAGAGGUUCCGAGAACCACAGUUCUGAGGGCAGCGUGCUCCGGAGGGGGCCCUACAGGAGGGCCAAGAGUGAAGUGAGUGAGGGCCGGCAGGGCCGCGGCCGCUCCACCGGGGACGAGGAGAGCCUGGCCAUCCUGCGGAGGCACGUGAUGAACGAGCUCCUGGACACAGAGCGGGUCUACGUGGAGGAACUGCUGUGCAUUCUGGAGGGCUACGCUGCUGAGAUGGACAACCCUUUAAUGACACAUCUCAUCUCGACGGGACUUCAAAACAAGAAGGAUGUUCUGUUCGGAAACAUGGAAGAAAUUUACCACUUUCAUAACAGAAUAUUCCUGAGGGAGCUGGAGAACUACAUAGACUGCCCAGAGCUGGUUGGAAGGUGCUUUCUGGAAAGGAUGGAGGAGCUCCAGAUCUACGAGAAGUACUGCCAGAACAAGCCACGCUCCGAGAGCCUGUGGAGACAGUGCUCCGAAUGCCCGUUUUUCCAGGAAUGCCAGAAGAAGCUGGACCACAAGCUGAGCCUCGACUCCUACCUGCUGAAGCCAGUCCAGAGGAUCACCAAGUACCAGCUGCUGCUCAAGGAGAUGCUGAAAUACAGCAAGAGCUGCGAGGGGGCCGAGGACCUGCAGGAGGCCCUGAGCUCCAUCCUGGGCAUCCUCAAGGCCGUGAACGACUCCAUGCACCUGAUCGCCAUCACGGGCUAUGAGGGGAACCUGAGCGACUUGGGGAAGCUGCUGAUGCAGGGCUCCUUCAGCGUCUGGACGGACCACAAGAAGGGCCACACCAAGGUGAAGGACCUGGCCAGGUUCAAGCCCAUGCAGCGCCACCUGUUCCUGCACGAGAAGGCCGUGCUCUUCUGUAAGAAGCGGGAGGAGAACGGCGAGGGCUACGAGAAGGCCCCCUCCUACAGCUUCAAGCAGUCCCUGAACAUGACGGCCGUCGGCAUAACGGAGAACGUGAAAGGGGACGCAAAGAAAUUCGAGAUCUGGUACAACGCCAGAGAGGAGGUGUACAUCGUACAGGCACCAACUCCUGAAAUCAAGGCCGCCUGGGUGAGCGAGAUCCGGAAGGUGCUGACGAGCCAGCUGCAGGCGUGCAGAGAGGCCAGCCAGCACCGAGCCCUGGAGCAGUCCCACAGCCUGCCCCUGCCUGCGCCCGCCGGCACCAGUCCCUCUAAAGGGAACACAAAAAACGUCAGAAAGUUGGAAGAAAGAAAAAUGGACCCGCUGAACCUGGAGGGAUACGUGGGCCCCGCGCCACUGCCGAGGCCCCCCGAGAAGGGCAGAGAUGACGCGGUCACUAGCUCUACCUCAGAAAGCUCUGCGCUUUCCAAAAAGCGCUUCACCCUGCAGAGCUUUGCUGCCCUCAAAGGUCAGAAAGCCUCUCCUACCAGUCCCGACAAAAAAGCUAAGCGACACCAAGUAAAGAGCGACCCAACGCCUUUUGGUUUACGAGGUUGGAGUAAAACGUCUCACCCGUCAGAGGCUCCUGAGGACAACGACGGCUGGUCCAGUGCCGAGGAGCUGAUCAACUCCUCGGACGCAGAGGAGGAAGGCAGAGUGGGCCUCAGGAAGCUGGUCCCCGGGAAGUACACCGUCACGGGGCUGCACGAGAAGGGGGGUCCCGACGCGCUGGUCCUGAGGAGCGGGGACGAGGUGGAGCUGGUGCAGGAGGGCAACGAGGGCCUCUGGUUCGUGCGGAACCUGAGCUCCGGCGGCGAGGGCUGGCUGCCAGCCCGCAACCUGUCCUCGCUCCUCGGCCAGCGCGGCGCCCCCGGGUGCCUGAGCAGCCCAGAGUCCAGCGCGGGGUCCGCCCUGCUGAGCGCGUCGUCCAGCUGCAGCGAGAGCUGCGCGGCCGCCCUCGCGGACCUGCAGGGGUAGCGCCGCGGCCACCCCGCCUGCGGCCCUGGGAGCUGGCCUCUGCUCGGGCCGGCGCGGCGUGGGGAGGGGCCGGCACCCACGGAACUGCCCACGGAACCCCGGCGCCGCCGCGGCCCCAGACGAAGGUUCGGGAAGAGUCCGCCCUGCGGCCUCGGCGCCAGGACCGCGCCCCACGGCGCAGGAAGAGCGCGGCACCGCGGCUUCCUCGGGGAGUCGGACGGACGGGGCUGCCGACGACAGACCUCCGGUGCAGAAGGGCUCCCGGGACUCCCCUUCGGCCUCGGCCGCAGCCGCUCCACUUUGGUUUCCGACGUUUCUGGUCCGGUGCUUUCUGCAGGAACACGCGUUCUGUGGCGCUGCUUCCAAAAGAAGUGACCGAUUCACUGACCCAGCGGCUUGGGACGGGGGCAGGAGGCUAGUUUGUCUUCUACACAUUUUUUUUUUAAAGCAAGGAUUAAUUCUACGGCCAUCUUUUUGGUGAUACUUUGGCCUCUGAUCUUUACCAAGAAUCACUGUGUUUACGUGGAAUGACAAUUUGAUACUGUAUUUGAUAUAAAACUAUUUUUUGUUACUGGGGUUUACAUGGCGCUGAAUGAUUUGGGGGACACGCUCUCGUGGAAACUGAUGGCCCACCUGGUCACAGGUGAGUGGAAGGACGUCCCUCGGUAGAAUCAGGCAGCGUUUCUACAAACACAGGCAGUUAGAAACCAAGGAAAUUCCUUCGCCUGUGUAGGUUAAUUUUCAAAGGAAAAUGUAAACUAUAAUUUAAAAUAUUAACCUUCUUUUCUACAGAAAAAAAAAAGGGGGACUCGAUUUUUUAACACACUUCAAUGAAUUAGGGUAUUUUUAUUGUUUUUAAAGACUAUGUAAAGAUGCAGUUUUUGCAGGUGUCAUGUGAACUGAUGCUGUCACAGGAGCCCAGGGAAAACAUGAGCUCCCGGCCCCCCGCCUCCCCCUGCCUUGCAUGUCCUGUGUGGAACUGUCCUGAGCACAGGAGCAGAGUUUAUCUUAUUCAAAUCAAGGCAGAACUGGAAAGAAAACUCUUCUGUUUUACUGUUGUGUUUCAGAAACAAAUUCUGUUCCUUGGAAACGCUUCUUUCUGUGUCUGAUUGGGGCAGAUAUUUUUAUAUGUGUGUAUAUAUGUCGAUGUGUGUACAUACGUCCCCACUGUGAGGGGUGUAUUUAUAGCCUCCAAGCUGCUGGUGAUGUGUCACUUUACAGCCCCCCCUGAGCCCCAGGCCCCUGCAGCCCAGCCCACGGGCUCCCCGUCCUUGUGCAGGGCCAGACCUCUCUGGAGUGUGUAGUAGACGGCGUACAAGCGUGGCAGCUUUUCUCCUGGUGUAUAAGUUAUUUGGAAAAUGAUGCUUCACAUAAUUUACUGAAUAUAUUGAUUGUUCAGGCACCAUUCCUGCCAUCCCAGCCUGGGAUUGUCCACCAUUUUUGUGAUCUCUUCCUCAUAAAAGCACUUUAAA